AUGGUCCGGCAUUCGAAAAACAACACCGCCUCUGGGGUUUUUACCUACGCCGAGCGCCAAAUGGUAGACUAUGGCACCAAAAGCAAACGUCUAGGCAGUGACACCAAACGCCGCUUUGACUCAUGCCACCUAUGUCUCAAUACUGCGCGCAGCCCAAUGACAUGCACCAAGGGACACGUGUCAUGCAAGGAGUGCGUGCUGAACAACAUAUUGGAGCAAAAACAGUCUAUCGAGCUGGCAAAAAAGGAAUACGCGUUGUUUAUGAAGAGGGAGGAUGAGGCAAAAAGGGGGAAGAGGAAGGAGGAGGACGAGAGGGAGGUGCAAAAGUAUUUGAAGCGCGAGGUUGGGCUUGGAAGUGGCGAGCAAAGCGAGUCGAGAAACGCGCGGCGGAGCAGGAUUAAGCACAAGGACGAAGCAGAGUCUGGAAUCCAACCGGAGGCGCAAGAAGAAGGCAAAAAUGCAAAGCCUCGGCUGACAAGCUUUUGGGUUCCCAGCAUGGCGCCCGAAACCAAACUUUCAAUGGCAGAUCCCAGCAGCCGCACCGUCCAAUGCCACGCAUCGCUGCCGCACAGUCUGAAGCUCAAAUCACUGGUGGCAGUGCAAUUCCGCAGCGACGCAAAGGGGAAUAAGCUGUGUCCAUCGUGCGACAAGGAGCUGCUGAAUAGCUCAAAGGUCGACGUGCUGCGCCCCUGUGGCCACGCCUUGUGCCACCGGUGUGUGGGCAACUUUGUCGAGCCUACAGGUGUGUGCUUUGUGUGUCAAGCCGGGGAUGUUAUUCGGCUGGAUUCCGAGGGAACCGGCUUUUCAGCCGCCGGCGGUCAGAUGGUGGCUACGCGUAUGGCAGCGCCCUGCAGGCGUGAGGUCCGCUUGAGAUACGAAUAA